AUGGACCCGCACGUUCAGCCGACCUACGCCCACACGCGCGCCCUCCUCGCCUACCUGUUCUCGACCUAUGGCCGCGGCAAGCACGGCAGCAGCCCGCCGCCGCCCUCGGCGCCCAACUCGAGCAUGGCGCUCCUCGAGCUCAGCGUCCGCAAGCUCGCCCUCGCCCAGAGCCGAGCCGCCAGUGCCGCGUCGUCGUCCAAGGCCCCGAGCGAGACGAGCGCCAACACGGACGACGAGGACGCCGAGUCCAGCACGGGCAAGUCGGCCGCCGACGACCUGAGCGACGAGGACAAGACCAAGCUCGUCAUCGACAAGCUCGAGGACCCGGACGUGGACGAGGACGAGAUGCCCGACGCCAUCAAGUCGACGCUCAACGCCCUCCUCGUGCUCCCCGACGCUGAAUCCGUCAACCUCGACUCGCUCAUUCUCGCCCUCCUCCACCGCCACCGCGAGGACCUGCGCCCGACGGGCAACCCGCUCCCGCCCCUGCCGAACCACGGCUCGACCACGCCGGGCUCUCGGCCGUCCCUGUCGCGCUCGUCGUCCAUGCGGCGCGGGUUCCCGUCUGGCACCCUCACCCCGGGCGGCACCCAGGUCGCCUCGGGCGCACGCUCGCCGUCGCACUCGCCCUGGCACUCGCCAAAGCCCACCUCCCUUUCGCUCAACCCCAACUCGGCCGCGUUCAAGUUCUCGGCGGGCGCCAACGAGUUCCGGCCGGGCGGCAGCAUGCCCGGUUCGGGACGAGCCUCGCCGUCGGUGCCCGGCACGCCGAGCGGCACGCGCAGCCCGAUGCCCAUGACGGCCGAGCAGGCGCAGCAGAACUGGGCCCAGCACCACUCGCCGCUCAGCACGCCCAAGCGCAAUCACCCGCCCGGCCAGGCGAGCUCGGCCACGUCGUCGCCGAGCUUCUUCCCUCGCCAGCUCGACCACGCCCUCGCCCAGAAGCAGAAGAUCCCGCGCAUGCCCUGGGCCGACAUCUCAGACUCGAGCGGCGCCGAGGACGAGGGCGGCGAGGGCGGGUACGCCCGCAUCGACGACAAUGCGCUCCCCGCCGAGACGGUCGCCGCGUUCGGCGGCGGCAGCAACAGCCCGUUCUACUCGCCCGCGAUCCCGAUCGACCAGGCGUACGCGCAGCAGCAGCAGGGCUACCUGGGCGACGGCGACGACCCGCAGUGGGCCGACCCGAGCGCGCCGCCGCCGCACGAGCCGUCCUACUUCGGGUACCCGGGCCAGGCGUACCCGCCGCCGCCGCCGCAGCAGGGCUAUGCGCCGCCUCCUCCUGGCGGCGAGUACGGCGCGUACGCCGGCGGGCCCAUGUACGACCCGGGCCUGUACCCGCCCUCGGGCGAGCUCACGCCGGGCGGCAGCUUCGCCCAGCAGCGCGGCGGCGGUCCCGGCCCGGCCUUCAUCACGCUGCCAGGCCCUGCGCCGGGCGAGAUGCCGUCGAUCGACUUUGCCAACCAGUUGAGCGGGUCGGCCGGCGGCGGCGGCAUCGGCGCCUACGCCCUCACGCCGUUCGACCACCUGCACUCGAUCUUUGGCGCCGACGUGUCCGAGCAGGUCCUCGAGGAGGCGCUCGCCAACACGGGCUUCGACGUCGACAAGGCGAUCGAGUACGUCAUCGACACGCAGAUGGGCACGCUCGCGCCGCCGCCGCCGCCCGGCAUGGGCCAGCUCCCGCCCGGCGUGGGCGGUCCUCCUCCUCCUCCCGGCAUGGAGUUCAUUCCUCCUCCUCCCUCGCGCGGGUUCGGCGCGUCGGGCUCGCGACCGCUCGUCAUUGCGCACGACUCGUUCGACGGGUUCGGCGGCGGCAACGGCGGUCGAGGCGGCGGCGGCAUGUCGCCCCGGUUCGGCGGCUCGCGCUCGGCGACGCCGACGAGCGACGCAGCAGGCGGCAGGGGCGUCGGAGGGAGGGUGUGCCGGUUCUACCUCGCGGGCAACUGCCUGAGGAGCGACUGCCGGUUCUCGCACGACGUCAGCAAGGCGGUCUGCAAGUUCUGGCUGCGAGGGCACUGCCUCAAGGGCGACGGUCGCUGCGACUUUCUGCACACGAUUCCGCCUAUCCUGCGCGCCGACUACGAGGCGAGGACCCGUCUUCGCCACGAGGCGAUGCAGGGCGCGCCCGAGAUGGCCGGUCCCGGGCCAGACGAGGGCCCCGAGCUCGACUUCCCGACGCUCGGCGAGGCGCCUCGCUCGCGUCGUCCACUCGGCACCGCCGCUCCCCGCACCAUCCAGCUCGACCCGGCGAGGACUCGGUUCGCCGGCGCCGUCAAGUUCGGCCAGAAGCCCGUCGUCCCGAUCCCGUCACCUCGCGCAACCGGGUCGUCUGCCCGAGAGCCCGACCGCGCUGCCCUGCCGACGCCGCGCCGCUCGGCCCGCAUCGCCCUGCGCCCGCCUGCGCUCCUCCCGACGCUCCCGACCGGCCAGUCGCUCGCCGCGCUCUACAUCCGGUACCGCCAGAACUUCCUCGAGCUCGGCGCCAACCGCAACAAGUGCCUCGCCAAGGCCGCCGAGUGCUGGAAGCGCGGCGACGGCGCCGGCGCCCGCAAGUGGUCGCGCGAGGCGCAGGACUGGAGCCGCCAAGUCGCCAUCGAGGGCCGCGACUCGGCGCUGCGCAUCGUCGAGGAGCGCAAGCGCAGCCUCAAGGAGGCGAUCGACCGCAACGAGGGCCGGUCGGGCAGCACCGACGACGGGCCCGACCGUCGAGCCCGUGGUCACGAGCGCGGCGGCGGCAUCUGCCUCGGCGUCGUCAGCCCGGCCGUCGUCCAGAGCGACCGCCCGUUGACCGAGGAGGAGCGCACCGAGGUCGCCCUCGACCUGCACGCGCUCCACACGGACGAGGCGAUCGGCUUCAUGGGCGACUUUCUCCUCAAGCUCGAGGCGCAGAAGUUCCAGGGCCUCGCGUUCGUCGUCAUCGGCCAGCAGAAGCACUCGGGCUCGUCGGCGCCGGACAAGGGCGAGGCGGCGGGUCGGCUCCGACUCGAGCAGGCGACGACCGAGUUCCUCGGCGACCAGGGCUGGGCGUGGCACAACUUUGGCGGUAUCCUCGCCGUCGACUGCCUUCGUUAGACGCCUCGCCUUCUUCCUCCCUGUCUCCUUCCUCCUCCCCCCACCAUGGACGCUAGAUCCCCUCUUCUAGAUCUCUCUCUCCCUCGUCCCGUAUUCCCCUCGCCCGAAGCGAUCCAAAGAAGUCUCUCAAGGAGCUGCCAAUGAACAGCAAAAGUCGUGCCUUUUCUCUC